AUGGAAGUACAGAAAGAGAAGGAAGCUAAAAGGAUUGUUCUGACCAAACCCUUCUCGUUAGAAGGUGAGUCAGAUUCAGAACCAUUUUAUAGGGCCCCCAGUCUCCUACGUCGCUUGUUAACUUUACUCAAGAACCUGCCGCCUGUGUUUAAUUUUCCCAAAUCUCAACUCCAAUGCUAUGGUGAAUCAGUGUACUGCACAUCUUCCAACUUGCUGAGCAAAUGCAACAGUGAACAGAGUUCACUGGACAGGUUCACAUCUGUGGUAGCAUGGAGCAUAUCUACCACACGCCCUACAUCUUUUGGUGUGGCUCCUUAUAGUCCUACUCUUGGAGAGACGCACCAUGUUUCUAAGGGCAAUCUCAAUGUCCUACUGGAGCAGGUUUCAGUCAACCCUCCUGUUUCUGCCCUCCAUGCAACAGAUGAGAAGGAAAACAUUGAAAUGAUAUGGUGGCAACAACCUGUUCCGAAAUUUCAUGGCACAUCCAUUGAAGCUGAAGUGCAUGGUAAAAGGCUGCUGAAACUCCUAAAUCAUGGGGAAACAUAUGAAAUGAAUUGUCCUCACCUUUCAAUUAGAAUUCUUCCGGUUCCUCGGAUGGAUUGGGUUGGCAAUGUUAAUAUACGGUGCCCUGAGACAGGUCUUGUUGCCGAAAUAUCAUACAGAUCAAGCUAUUCACUUUUAGGAUUUGGGAGAAAUGGUAAACUGAUCAAAGGGAAGAUCAUGGACUCUUCAUUAUUCAAAGUUCUCUACGAAGUUGAUGGUCAUUGGGAUAAGACAGUUCAAGUAAAGGAUACAAACAGUGGAGAAGUCAGAGUGAUAUAUGAUGCAAAAGAAGUCAUUUCAGGGCUCAAAACACCUAUCAUCAAGGAUGCAGAGAGAGUGUGGGGAAGUGAAUCAGCCGUUGUUUGGAGUGAGUUGAGUGAAGCCAUAAUGAAAAAUGAGUGGGAGAAAGCAAGAGAAGCAAAGGAAAGUGUGGAGGAAAGAGAGAGGAAGACGAUGAGAGAAAGAGGGAUGAAAGGAGAAAGUUGGGUUCCUAAGAAUUUUAGGGUCUCCUUCAGUGAAGACACCUGGGAAUGGUACUGUUCACCAACUCAUAAAUGGGAGGAGAGAAAAAUAGUGCUGACAAGGCCAUUUUCACUGGAGAGGCAAUCAGAUCCGGAAAUAGACUAUAAAGCUCCAAACAUUUUGCGGCGCAUAUUAAGUCUCUUCAGUAAUGUGCGCCCAGGAUCCGAUGUCUCUUGCUUCAAGCUUCCACCUGUGUUCAACAUGCCCAAGUCAGAGCUUCAGUGCUAUGCAGAGGGCGUAUAUUCCACAGCGUUAGACAUCCUCAGCAACAUCAACAGUGGCAACACACCAUUGGAUAGACUCGUAGCUGUUGUAGCAUGGACCAUUUCUAACGUGCGCCCCCUAUGUUUUGGUGUUGCUCCCUACAAUCCCACUCUUGGUGAGACUCACCAUGUUUCCAAAGGAAACCUCAAUGUCUUACUCGAGCAGGUUUCACAUCACCCUCCGGUUUCUGCUCUGCAUGCAACCGAUUGCAAGGAGAACAUAGAAAUAAUAUGGUGCAACUCUACUGUUCCAAAAUUCACUGGUACUGCAGUAGAAGCUCAUGUGUGUGGCAAACGGCUGCUGAAGCUCCACAAUCAUGGAGAGACGUAUGAAAUGAAUUCUCCUAAUAUCCUUAUCAGAAUUUUUCCAGUCCCCGGGACUGAUUGGGUUGGCAAUGUCACUAUCCGGUGCAUAGAAACAGGUCUUGUCACAGAAUUAAGCUACAUAAGCCAAUCUUUCCUUGGCUUCUGGAAAAAUCGGAGAAUGGUUAAAGGGAAGAUCUUUGAUUCAUUAUCUAAAAAGAUUCUGUAUAAUAUUGAAGGUCAUUGGGAUAGGUAG